ACAACUUUGACACCGUAGGAAUUUGCUGUGUCGCCGACAGUUUUCCGUCGCUGUCAGUAGUCCCACCUGGAGUAAGCUAUUACAUUCUUGGGGGUACUCCCGAUGAUCUGUUCGCUGUUGCAACAGUUCGUAUCGAUAGUCUCGCCAGAACAGGACUAGGUAUUCGCAUCUCGAUGCAUGCUCGGCAAGGCAACACCUCUGAGCGUCUUUUCCAGGACGAGGACCCCCCUUUGGUAUUCGUCCUGACUUGGUACCUGCUCUAUUGUUUAUUUAAUUGUCGGGCACGAUAGCGUGAGUGCACUGCAAUUUAUUGUUGGAUGUGACCGUUUCCACAUGUAACAAAUGCGACGUGAUCACCCUUUCUUCUGCGGUUGAGGAUCUGUGGCCGGUCAACAGAAGCACCAGAGACGACGCCGGCCGCUGUCUACACUAACCAGAGUUACUUCUGUGGGGAUGCCGGACGUGCUGUCUACCAGCGCGUACACUGGUGGAAAUUCGAGGAGUAUGAUUCUCUUGAGUCCGCACCGCUGGUAUACCUUCGCAGACUGUUAUCUGUCCCCGUUUCUCGCCUCCUGCGGGUUUGUUCGAUUGCGAUAUUGUGGACAGUCAAUCGACAGGUGGUGCAGUGUUGUCUAGAUGUCACAUCGACAUCAUGACUUCAAGAGUUAUAUAACCAAGAAACAAUACAGUGAGCACGCGGCGAACCCUCAAGUUCGACGUUGCCCGCGUCCUUUUUGGAUUAUUCCGAGUGGCAAUUGCCUGUGCUGCGAACCGGCCAGCAAGCAUUCUGUCAACCGCGUCGCAGCUGCUGCUGUGGCAGAUACUAGUCGAUGCUGUUUGCGGUGAUACAAUGAGCAGCGCGGCAGAUGAUGAACUACCUCGGAUUCUUUUCCUUCACGGGAUGGAUGGAGGCCCUGCCGGUAACAAACAACGGCUUCUGCAACGCGCCGUGGGGAGAAGCAACUUCCUGGCGCCUGAUCUGAAGAGCCGUAAAAUCGUCCUGCUGUACACGAUCGCCUUUGGUGGCUUCGUGACUCUGAUUCUCGGUUGCGUCGUGCUCUUCUGGAUAUUCACUGCUCACAUCCAUGCUAUCCUUUUCACCAUGGCUGCGGUCCCCGUCUGCUUUCUCGCGUAUUACUUGACUGGUCGGUGGUUGUCAUCACUUAUACUGACCACAGGUGUUCGCGAGGCAUCUGCGGCUUUCCACAGAUACAGGCCACAAGUUAUUGUAGCAUCUUCAUUUGGUGCGGUUGUAGCGUUCCACAUGGAUAUUCCGAAGAUGCCGCUGCUGCUGUUCACUCCGGCCCAAGAAAUGUACAGGCGAUACCUAAGGAUACCGGAUCAGAUGUCUCUGCGCAACUAUCCAUAUACGCUGAUCGUGCAUGGGAGUCGUGACACGGUUGUGUCACUUCAAGACUCAAUUCGCCUCGUUGAGACAUCAGAGCUCGGUCGGUGUAGACUCGAGGUGGUCGAUGACGACCACAGGUUGCGUUCUCUUACUCAGCAGGAGAUAAGCGCCUGGAUUGAGGAGGUUUUCAGACGAGGAAGGGCGAAUGUGUUACUGCUGGCUCAACAGGGCGACAAGUCAGUAGAUCCGUCACUGUAUGAAACUCGCAACUUGGAAGCAGGGGAUCAGCAAGAAGAGGACGAAGAAACAACAGAAGCUACAAACACAGAACAUGGAGACGCAGCGUCUGCUUUUGAGGGUGAGGUUGGAAAAGGUGACGACGUAGUCAGACGGUCACAAAUGUCCACCUCAACAGAGGCUGAUUCCCUUCUGGCUUAAACGGAUCGCGGAAUAUCGGCCCAUACAGAGGAAACGGGCCGGUAGAGGCGAUCGGAUGUGUUUUAACAUGCCGUUUUUGAAAACAAGGGGCGAGACCUUAGGUGGUCGUCCUUCUCCGAGUGCAGCGGAUCUGGCGACUCAGUGAACGGAAGGUUGGUUUCGCUGAAAGGGUUCGACGCGCACGCGGUUGAGAGUAAAAUGUGCUCGAUAUCUUGUAGAGAGCAUAAGCAAGGCCUCAGAUGUGAAGGUUCAUAUAAACUGAAAUUGGGGGCUUUGGAAGCCUAUGCAUCAUUUGUGUCUAGGAGUAAUGAAAUUGUGGUGACGCCAAAAGAAGCAAGUUACGGCAGAGGACCGAUUUUGUCGGAAAUGAGGCCAUCGCCGAUCGCCCUUACCCCUGAAUCCCGUUCGCACACUAAGCCGGCAGCUACGAGAUGUGUUUUUAUCUCGCUUGUCGUCGUGGCGACUCUUUUUGGGAAGAACUGACAACAACGAAGUUCAAGAAAACGCAGUGGUGCAACGUAGCCAAAAUGGAUACUUUGUUCAGCGAAGAGUUGUCAUAUUCACCGGUGCUGCUGUUGUGCCCUCUUUUGCCGUUGACAGUCGGGAGAAACAGAUAACUGAUGCGGCUGUCCACCUGUGUGUAUCAAAGUCAUGCUGUUCUGAUGGACGCACGCUUUUGUCGGCUUUGUGUAUGUGCCAGCAAAUCGUUUGUAGCUGUGUGUCUGCAUCGAACAACAGAGAGAACAUAGUACCCCAAAGGGGUGAUUAGAUCUGUAGGUUCGUUCUUCUGGUGUGGUGGGAUUAUCAGCGCUUUAAAUUGUGCGUCUUCCGCGUUGUUUUUUUCUUGUCUCCUGCCACCGCAUCCUGCGUUUCAUGGCUGGGAUGGAAUGACAGAAAACACCCGAGCAGGAGAUUGUAUCAAACAUAUCGAAAUGCCAAGAAUAAAGGCUUUAGCACGGACGUCAAGAAGAGGCAGCAAGGGGGGCGGCGAUUCUCGGUAUCGAGUUCGGGAAGUCCCGACGUAGCAGGACCACGGCUGCUCAGUCAUCUCGGGAGCGUCUGAAGCGAGCAAUUCAGGCCCCAUGUCCCAGUGAACACUACUGCCAUAUUCAGUGUACUUCGCACUGUAGCGAACUGCAUAUCUCUUGUUCUGAGUGAGAAAGUGCGUGUGGCGUUAUCUUCCUGCAUAACCACAGCCACCUACGUAACUAAGAAAGUAUGCGCUUCGGUACAGAAAGACACAUACGGAACAGCAGUCGUUUCAUCUGCAUUAGAUGUGUCGAGCGUUGUUCAGGGUCCAUCACGUUUCACCUACAAAAGCCAUUACACGAUGAAACGCUUGACUAACUGCACAAGCUGGACGGCGUGACGAAGCUCGCACUAGUUUUCAGAAACAAUACUUUCAGCUUGCGGUUCCCCUCCGGUAAUAUGAUAGUUCCCUUGCACAGUCGCUUCAUUAGUUGAGCUUGACCGUGGACACAUUUGUGAGGUUUUGUCGUGUCGCCACAAACUGCAUUCAAGCCUAGAGAGGAUGUGGGACUACCGGCGGUGACGCAGUGCCAACAAAUGUUGGAUUGGCUCCUUUGGGGAUAUACUAGUGCAACGUUUUACAAGGAAAAAAUUCCACACAUUUGUGUCAAACGCAACACCGAGCAUGCUCUAACCGCUACGAGAUAGACUUCUCGAUCGACACAACGCAGUAACGCACUUUUGUGAGCACGCUUUCUCUCGACAGAUGCUGUGGAGUCACAGUGAUCAAGCUCAUUGGCGUACAGCUAAAGGGAAAAAUUAGUCAAGUCGUAUUUUGUGAUGGACAUGGCAGCGAAGCAUCUGGCGGAACAUGCAAAGAAACACAACCUUUUGGGAUGCGAUUGUCAUAGUUUAGAAACACUUAAAUCAAGCUGUUAU